AUGCGAUGCGUGGUACUUCUUCAUCUUAAAUAUUGGUCGCAUCGCAUUCAAGGUGAUGUGGUGAAACAGCAGUUUUUGGCAAGCAAUCUUGAAUUAAGGUUUCACUUUUAUUGCUCUAUCAAACACACUGCGCAAUUUUGCAACGUUUCAAGUGGGACUGCGACGACGUAUAGCGUAGCACUGGGAUUAGGCCAAAAUUUAGCAAAAUGA